AGACAUGUUCAAAAGUCUGACACGAAACACGAGACCUCAAUUUGAAACAACCACGCAACUCACCGACGAAGAAAAAUCCAAAAACCGGUUUUCUAAAAUCUUGGCGGGUCCCUCCCAAAUUUAUUUGCCAACAUCUUCUCGUGAUUCCUCAAACUACAUCAACGCUGUAACCGUGGACUGCUACCAAUAUCCCAAAAAAUUCAUCGUGACGCAACAACCCCUACCCAACACUGUUGGAGACUUCUGGAAACUAGUUCAUGAAUACGAAAUCGACGCAAUCUUGUCCUUGAACACAAUAAACGACAAAGACAUGGGUUGCCCGAAAUUUUGGCCCAACGAGAACGAAGGUAGUUGGACCUUCAAUUCCAUCAAAUUACUUUUCUUCAAUCAAGAAACUGACAACCCUUCAUACAACUUAGUACGGCUCAAAGUACGGAAAACGACGGAAGACAAAACGAAGAACGUCAUUGUAAUAGACCUGAAAAAUUGGAGACGGAAAACACUUAAGCCUUCGUAUAUUAAGGAUUUGAUUCAUGUUUGGCAGAAGAUUAUGACGUGUAAAGGGAAAAUUGUUGUCAGUUGCUACGACGGGGCAACUGCAAGUGGACUUUUCGUGGCGUUAGCGUUUGUGCUCGAAAAAAUCUAUUUAGAUAAUUGCUGCGACGUUUUCACUGCCGUUCGAACCGUUAAACAGAGUCGGGCACAGUUCGUUGAACACGCUGAACAACUGAAAUAUUUGUAUCAGGUCGCUCUUGUGUAUGUACAGGAAUUUAGCACGUACCAGAAUUUUACCUGAUCGAAUGUUUUGCUAUAUAGUGUGUUUUUUAUAUGCCGUACACAUAAAUCUCCAUUUUUUGCAACUUGAAAUGUAAAUGCUUAGUAAAUAUAGAAAAUAUAUGCUA